AGAGGGGGGAAAAAAGACUUUUUAAUGGCAUGUCUGCCAAAAAAAAGUGAGUUUUUUGAUGUGUGAGCUGAAAGAUAAUUACAGAUGAAGCCUAUCUGAGUAAGUUAUUUUCUGAAAUCUGGGGUUUCAGACCCAGCCACACCAGUCUCACAAAUUACUAUUUUUCCACUGACAAAUUAACUUGUGGUUGGUUUUGAGAUGUGAUGUUUCUCUUGUAUUAACUGUGGGAGAGAGAGAGAGAGAGAGAGAGUUCCACAUAAUCUGACAAACCAGAAGAGCAACAUAGAUAACAAAAGCCAUAAUUACACUUCAAACGGACUUGGCAACAGUUUACAGCAGCCGAGAUGUACCUGAGGCAAACUGAUAUGGUGGAAAUCUCACUUUCUUCCUCGUCUGUUGCAAUGACAAGCAGAAAGACAUAAUCUGUCAUCUAGCUGUAAUCCCUCCUGAGGGCAAAAUCAGAAACUAAACGCAUGGGGUCAGGCGACGGAGGGAGGGAAAACGUUGAAGGGCAAACAAACUAUGGACCAACCCACUGCCUGUUGAGUCCUGCCCUGCUCUGCUCUGCUCCCACAUCACACUCGCAUGUCGCUGUGGUGCAGUGAUCGACUGAGCCCGUGUCCUCCGCAGCGGCCGUGGGAUCUCUUCUGCUGCUACUGAAGCUUCACUGGAUAUUAACACGUUUUUACAGGCUGGCUCUGAUCCCCUGCUGGUGCGCAGUCCGUGCAUUGAAAAAAAUUUGAUUUUUGGGAGGAAAAAUUCUCAAACCACAGGGAAUCCAACAGCUGACUGCUCCUGUCUUUUCAACAUCGAAGGAAGAAAGAAAUGCCCAAACGGAGGACUAUAUGACACCUUCUCUGUGGAUCUAACUAUAAAACCAGAAAAGGUGAAGAAAAGGGGGGGAAAAAAACCUCUGGAAGCACCGAAAAUGGCCACAGAGUCUUCCCAUGAUGUGUACGCCGCUGAAGCCCCGUCUGCCGUCCCCAUGUCCCCCUCCACAGGAAAACUGCUUCGGAUGUUUCGUGAGUACCAGAGCGAUAAACUCAUCAAAGAGCACUACAACUACACAGGCAAACUGGAAGGGGACAAGUACACGAAGGGGAUCAAACCAGAGGCCAUAGCCUUCCUGCUGGUCUGCCUGCUUAUAGUGGUAGAAAACGCAGUGGUGCUUCUGGCUAUCUGGAAGAACAAGAAGUUCCAUCUGCCCAUGUACUACUUACUGGGCAACUUGACUCUCUCUGACCUGCUCGCAGGUUUCACCUACAUGGUGAACAUCCUAAUGUCUGGUCCCCACACAUUAAACAUGACCCCGGUGAUGUGGUUCCUGAGGGAGGGGGGUGUGUUCAUCAUGCUGGCUGCCUCGGUCAUCAGCCUGCUGGCCAUCGCCAUAGAGCGUCAUGUCACCAUGGUGAGGAUGAAGCCGUACCAGGGGGACAAACAGGGGCGGAUGUUUGCUCUGAUUGGAGCGAGCUGGGUGCUGUCUGUGUUCCUGGGCAUCCUGCCUGUCCUGGGCUGGAACUGUAUAGGACAGCUGGACCAGUGCUCCACGGUCCUCCCGCUCUACGCCAAGAGUUACAUCCUCUUCUGCAUCACCAUCUUCAGCGGCAUCCUCAUGUCCAUUGUGGUGCUGUAUGUCCGCAUCUUCCGCAUCGUCAAGUCCAACACCCAGCGGCUCGCUUCAGUUCCACACCGCAAAGGCCUCUACCGCAAGUCCCAGAAGUACUUGGCCCUGCUGAAGACAGUCACCAUAGUCCUGGGAGUCUUCAUCGCGUGCUGGCUGCCCCUCUUCAUCCUCCUGCUGCUGGACUUCUGCUGUCCAGCCAAAAGCUGCGAGGUGCUCUUAAAGGCAGACUACUUCCUGGGCAUCGCUAUGUUCAACUCCCUUCUUAACCCCAUCAUCUACACCCUGACCAGCAAGGACAUGAGGAAGGCCAUCAUCAGGCUGCUCUGCCGACACUGCCUCAUAACAAAAGACGGACAGGUGAAGAAGAUUGGGAUUCCCUUCCUGGAGUGCAGCACCAGUAAGACUGAUGCAGCCUCUCACAGACUGGAGGGACUGGAGACGACAGUGUCCUCCGGUAACUGUACACCCUCUACUAUCAAAGCCAUUUACCCCAGGAUGUCUAAAACAUGACGGGGCGGCUCACUUAACGCUGAGAGCAAGCAUUCGGACUAAGACUUUGACCACUGUUACAGCUUCUCUCUGAUCUGAGUUGCAAAUGUGCUCUAGUCGAGCAAACAGGAUCUGAAGUUUUGGGUUGCACUCUGCCAAAGUUUUGGUAUUAAUCCUCAUGGACAGAAAAAGCUUGAUGUAUGUGAUAUAUGUCCAAUUUGGGAGAGAGACAUUAUUCAACUUUCUGUGCAUAUUUUCAGUGCCUUAAUAGUACCUGUCAGUUUCUUGUGAAAAUCUAGCAUUACAUUUGUCUUUUAGACAAUGAAAACAAGGCCAGUAUUUGUCAGAGGAUAUUCCUUCGGGGGGGGGCUAAAGUGCCUUUAUGUGCACAUAAAAUUAAAUCAAAGACUGUGUGCAGACGUUUCACAUAAAUGCAGCCAAUUAUGCUGUACAUCUGAUAGACCGGGGCUAAAGACCAAGCAUGCGAUUUAUCCUUAUCUCCUCUCCCUGUGUAGCAUAUAAUGAUAUGUUGUUACAAACACAGAGCAUCCACACCCAAACUCUGCUGCCAAAACCGUGUAAUUUCUACCAUGUGAGUUUUGGUCAGCAGCAAUGCUGGGCAGAGGUCCCCUUGACCGAGAUCAGAGGCUCAGCGGCCCGGAGACGCACUGAACGCAUCAUAUGGAGGGUUGUGCUGAGCGGUUUGCAGCUCUGGAGGUCCCUUCGACAUAUGUAGCAGCACAUGACGAAUGACUAAAAUCAGUAAAGCUGACAGUGGAGGUUUGUUGACGCCUUCUUGGUUUAAUAAACUGAAGUCUGUCAAAGCCCAGACAACAGAGUGUGUGGGCUUCACAGUACUGGGGAAUUUCAUUGUGGUCAUUGUGACACUUUGCCAAUUAUACUAUUGUACAUAAAUGUAAAGAGGAAAAAAACAACAAAUAUAUUUACUGAUUUUUUAGUAUACAUUGUAAAUAUCUAUAGCCUUUUCUGAUCAGAGCUGCAUUUUGUAUUGUAAAAACCUCACUUAAGUUAUGAUGCCAGUUUUAUAUGUGCACUGAAUAAAACAUGUGAAUGACGUUUA